CCAGAGGAGCGCUGCACCGAAAGAAGUCGCUUCAAACACCGCGCAACGCUCGCUGAAGGAGCGCGGAAAGUCCGACCGCCUCUCCCUCGCUCGUCGUCAUGUGUCUCGGCGUCUAAAAGCCUCCGCUGGGGAGAGGACAAACCAGCUCGCGUCUGGUGCUUUUCUGGCAGAGUUUUGCAGCCGAGCGGCAGAGCAGUGAACCAGAGGAGAGAGAGAGGAGGUGGGUACUUGUCCAGGUUUCGACUGCGCCGUAUUCCAACACGAAGCGCAGCGCUCGGGAGUCGGACCCAGUGCGCGCUGCUUUUCAAGAUUCCCGGAUCUUUCCUGGUUGUUUUCUGGAGCAUCUCUACUGUACAAUGAGAACUGCUUUCAUCUGAACUAGAGAGAUCAACGCAAACACAUCGCGCGUUUUCCUUCUGACUGGAUCUGGAUUUAAUGCCCCUUUUAGCAGCGACCAUGGGCGGAUGGUGGACAUUAGUUGGCGCUCUGGCCGUGAUCCUCACCGGCCCCCGUGGGAUACAAGGAGCUUGUGUCUACGAGGGAUCGCUGUAUGCGAACAACACAACAUGGAGACCACAGGUGUGUCAGGAGUGUACCUGCUACAGUGACGUGGCCGCCUGCGCCCCAAUCCGCUGCCCCAACACACAGUGUGACUUCCAAAUGGGCGAACGUUUGAGGAUCCCUGCCAACAAGUGCUGUCCAGAGUGUGUCUCUGCAUCCCAGGGCUCCUGCCAUUAUGAAGGAGUCACUUAUGGACACGAGAGCCAGUGGAGUCCUUCGCCAUGUUCGCUGUGCGUUUGUUCCAGAGGGAGUGUAUUCUGCAGCCCUCACCCCUGCCCCCCUCUCAGCUGUCCUGGAGGUCAGAGCGCGUUCACGCCAGCUGGAGAGUGCUGUCCCAAGUGUGGCCGCAGCGGAGAGUCGUGCUCCUGGCAGGGAGUUUUGUACAAAGAUGGAGAUGAGUGGAAGCCCAGCCUCUGUUCCAGAUGUUUGUGCAGCAACGGCGAAGUCCAGUGUUUGGUGGCGGAGUGUCAGCAAGUGGCCUGCAAACUGCAUGAGAACUUGGUGAUUCAGCCAGGCCAGUGCUGUCCUCAGUGUGUGUCCAACCCCUGUCUGUCUGCUGGGAAACAGUAUCAGCAUGGCGAGCGCUGGCAGAAGAACGCCUGCACCACAUGUGUGUGUGACCAGGGUCAGUCAAAAUGCCACACACACACCUGUCAGCCCAUCACCUGUGACAAGGGUCAGACCAAAGUGAAGCAUGCCGGUCAGUGCUGUGAAGAAUGUGUUGCUGCCAAAGGAGGCUGCUUGUAUGAGGGCGCUGUGCGUUACCAUGGAGACAUGUGGAACGGCACAGGCUGCGAGUUCUGUAGCUGCAGCAGGGGUCAGGUUCUGUGUCAGAGGGCCGAGUGCGGCCGCGUCGAAUGCCCACAGGGGUCUGAGCUUGUUCACCUGCCGGGGAAGUGCUGCCUGGAGUGUUCCUCUGUGAAACCUGCCUGUUUAUAUGAGGGGAAAUCCUACAAGGACCUGGCUCGAUGGACUGAUGGUGGCUGCAGGGAAUGUGAAUGCCGCGAGGCCCGGGUGACUUGUUAUCUGCGCUCCUGCCCCACCUGCCCACCAGGCACCUUGGCCGUCACCCAGGAGGGCCAGUGCUGCCCCGAGUGUCACCAAGUGCAGUGCCAUGCAGACUGCCUGUCGUGCUCGGUGACUCCUGACCACUGUGAGAGCUGCAGGGACCCAAAGGCCUUCCUCCAUCAGGGCCGCUGUCUGUCCGUCUGUCCAGCUGGCUACUACUCCGAGGGACGCGUAUGUGCAGCCUGCCAGUCGACGUGUGCCACCUGUUCCAGCGGGUUGGGCUGCCAGUCCUGUGAUCACCCCCUGCCCCGGCACGACCACUCACACUGUCGCCGUUGCCACGCGUCGUGCCUCGAGUGCCACGGGCCGAGCCAGAAGGACUGUGUGUCAUGUUCAGACCCGGCUGACUUGCUUAAAGACGGGGAAUGUGUUCCUGACUGUGGUGCAGGUUUCUACAUUCAAGAGGGCGUCUGCUACGCCUGUGACUUGUCCUGCGCCUCCUGUUUUCCUGACAACCCCAAGUGCAUGAGCUGCCCACCAGGCACCGCCUUGCACCAUGGGAAAUGUGUCACCCAGUGUCCAACUCAGCAUUACCUGGACAACCACGGCAGAUGCAGAGUCUGCCACAGCUCCUGUGCUUCAUGUUGGGGUCCCUCGGUAUCCCAGUGUACCUCAUGUCCUGGUGAGCUGCUUCUUCACCAAGGCCAGUGUGUGGAGGCCUGUGGGGAGGGCCUGUACCCCCAGGACAACACUUGCCACAAUUGUCACCCGUCCUGUCGUUCCUGUGUCGGUCCUUUGGCCUCAGACUGCCUGUUCUGCCUCAAACCAGAGGAAGCGCUCCUGCUGCAGUCCAGUCACCUCCACUAUGGCGUCUGCACAGCCGGAUGUCCUGCACACAGCUUCCCGGAUGACACGCACAAAUGUAAAGAGUGUCAUCCCUCCUGCUGGCGCUGUACUGGGCCAUCUGCAGACAACUGCACAUCCUGUCCCUCUGCCUCCAGCCUGCACGAGGGCCACUGCGUCCCCACCUGCCCACAAGGCUUCUUUGUCCAGGACAAGCAGUGCCACGCAUGCCACCCGUCUUGCCAGACUUGCACUGGUCCUUCCCAGGCUGACUGUGCCUCCUGCCCCCCGAAGGCCUCCCUAAGAAGCGGCUCCUGCAGGAUGAGCUGCCAAGAGGGGCUUUUCCUCGAUGCUGCCACUGGAGAGUGCCUCAUGUGCAGCCCAGACUGCCAGCGCUGCACAGCAGACCUCCAGACGGGCGUCGGCAGUGUUUGUCUCUGGUGUAAGGUGCCAAAGACCUGGCUGCUGGGUGACCACUGCGUCUCUCACUGUCCUAGAGGCCGCUACGCCUGGCACGGAGCCUGCAUCAGAUGCCAUCCAUCAUGUGAGGCUUGCAGUGGGGCAGGACCUCUCUCCUGUACUUCCUGCCCAGCUAACGCUGUCCUGUUGCCCUCUGGUCUCUGUGCUCCCAAAUGCCCCCUUGGUUACUAUGACAACGGCCACAGGGUUUGUCAGGCAUGCGACAGCCAGUGUCUGACGUGUGAAAUAGCAGGAGUCUGUACGUCCUGCCACGACCUGGCCAAGGUGCUACUGUUUGGAGAGUGCCAGUAUGACAUCUGCGCACAUCAGUACUACCUCAACACCACAACCCGCGCCUGCAAAGAGUGCGACUGGAGCUGUAAUGCCUGUAAAGGCCCUCUGGGGACAGACUGCCUACAGUGCAUGGAGGGGUACGUGUUGCAGGAUGGAGUGUGCACCCAGGGAUGUUCUCCUGGCUCCUAUCAGGAUGGAGACAGGUGCCUCGACUGUGAUGACCACUGUGUGCAGUGUCAAGGUCCUGGACAGUGCCAGCAGUGCCGGCCUCCUCACAUCACCCUGCAUGGGCAGUGUGUGCAGGAAUGUGGCAGAAACUACUUCCUGGACGCUUCCUCCCAAGUCUGCAAACCUUGCUCAUCUGACUGUGUGCUGUGCGAUGGGGUUGGACGCUGCCGAGCUUGUUGUGACCAGACCUACCUCAUGGAAGGAUACUGCACGCCUGACUGUGGACAUGGGUACUACGCCAACCAGAAGACUAGGACCUGCCACGUGAACAGCCAGCCUCCUUCCCUCCAGGUCAACGGUUCUCUGCUGGUUCCCCUUGGUGGUUUUGCCGCACUGCCCCCUACCCUGCUUCACGUUCAGGACUCUGACAGUCCAUCUCAGUGGCUGAUCUUCCAGCUCAUGCAGGGCCCGAGCAAUGGACGGCUGCUUUUGUUCAGCGAGAAGGAAGAAGAAGAGAGGGGAGCACAAGGGAAGGCAGGCCGAGGACUGUCCAAGAACGACACCUUCACCUGGGCGGAGCUGAGAGCCGGCCGCGUCCGGUUCAGACACCAAAAGGACAAAGCCAGGACUGGUGAGUUCACCCUGCGCUGCGCCGAUCCCCAGCUGUUUUCUCCGCCGGUAGCAGUUCAGGUUCAAGCUGUGUCAAUGCAGCCCCCGAGGGUUGUCACUCUCACUCACCUACCUGUGGAGGGACGUGGCGCCCUGGCAACCGUCACCAAGUCGGUCCUGCAGGUCGACGACCCCGACAACCCAGCUGAUGUCCUGGUCAUGGUCCUUGAACCGCCCCGCCAUGGCCUUUUGACCCGUCUCCAUGGUGACCGGGCACUCAACCGAUUCAAGCUGGAGGAGCUGUCACGGGAACAGAUCCAGUAUGUCCACGACGGCUCAGAGGGGACAGAGGACGCGACAGUGCUGCAGGUCAACGAUGGUCACAGCUACAGAAAUAUUCUCCUCCAAAUCCACAUCAACCAGAAGGUUGCUGAUGCUCCUCAUGUACUGUCUGUACCAAUGACCUGGGUAAAGGAAGGGGGCAUGGUGUGCCUAGAUAAAAAGUACCUGCAGGUGAACUACAAGGGCAUCAGCACCGAUGACAUUGUCUACACCAUCCUCGGCUUAGAUGGACAACCUAAAUACGGUGAGGUGGUCCUGGUGUCCAUGCCGGCUGAUGGCCCGCCAGGUGGCUGGCACCCAUCGCUAUCCGACGAACAAGGCUUCACCGCCACUGCUUCUUUUACUCAGCAGGACGUCAACGACGGCACAGUCUGGUACCGCCACUUCGGCGGAGGCAGCCACAGUGACUCGUUCCAGUUCAAGGUUUCCACAGAGGCCUCUCCAAUGCAGCAGAGCGACGCCCAGACCUUUACCAUAGGAGUCCUGCCUCAGAUCCCAGGGUUCCCUCAGCUGGCCCCCGACUGUCACCUACAGGUCACGGCUCUGGAGGAUCGGGUGACAGAGAUAACACCUUCAGCCCUGUCCUUCGUCGACUCGGAGACUCCCAGUGAGAAGCUCAUAUACACCAUCACCAAACCAUUACCACCAGGACAAGGGGCGAUUGAACAUCAGGACAAACCGUACACACCGGUGAAGCUCUUCACUCAGGCUGACGUCAACAACGGCAAGAUCAUCUACAGACCGCCUCCGGCCCCGUCACACCUCCAGGAGCUCUACCAGUACUCCUUCAUCGGUCUUCCGGAGUCGCUGAGCCUUUAUUUCUCAGUGUCAGAUGGCGAACACACGACUCCAGAGUUGGACUUUUCCAUUGUGCUGGUGUCCAACCACCAGCAGCCGCCGGUGUUUCAGGUUCUGGACCCGCUGCUGGAGGUCAGUCUGGGAGGACAGGCCACCAUAGGUGGUCAGCAGCUGGCCGUGAGCGACGCUGACACUGCUCCAGAUGAGCUGGAGUUUGAGCUGGUGGAAGCUCCGCUGCACGGAGAGCUGGUCAGGACUGAGGGCGGCGGACACAUCAGCAUGGCCAACGGUGACAUCUUCACCUUCAGUGACAUCACCCGUAACGUUCUGCUCUACCGACACGCUGGCCUCUCCACCCAGGACGAUGCCAUCACCUUCACCGUUAGUGAUGGAAUCUCCAUGGCAACCACAGUGGUGCAGGUAGUGGUGUUGGGCGACAGGGACGAUGGGCCGCGGCGAGACCCGACAGCUACACUGUCGCUGGAAGUGGGCGAGAAAAGCAGCACCGUGAUCAGACGCUCGCACCUGGCUUACACUGAUAAAACAUCCCCAGAUGAGCAUAUUCGGAUCCAGUUGGUGUCUGUGCCCAUGUACGGAAUCCUGACCAGGAGCCAGUCCCAGCAGGAGCACCAGGAGCUGAGGGAGUACUCCUCCUUCACCAUGGAAGACAUCAACAAGCACAGGAUCAGGUAUGUCACCUCCUUAGACACAGGCAGUCAGCUGGUGACCGACAUCUUCCACUUUGUUGUUUAUGAUGGAGACAACAAUCGCCUUGACAACCAGAUGUGCACCAUGACCAUCACCUCCACGCCCAGACAGCCGCCAGUGGUGACCGUCCGUAGCGGCAUCAAGGUCCAGGAAGGCGGCCGUGUGCAGCUCUCUACCAAUCAUAUCAUAGUGUCGGACAUAGGCACACCGAGGAAGGACCUCCUGGUUUGGCUCGUCAAUCCUCCUAAAUAUGGUUUCAUUGAAAACACCAAGAGAGGAGGCCCGGUCGGCACCUUCGGGGUCGUAACACCUGAUGUUCCUUUCUCUGUGGAGGACCUGACACUGGACUACAUUUUCUACGUUCAGGACAAGGAGCAUAAAGCUCAGGCCAAACAGGAUGUCUUCAGUUUCUACAUCAGUGAUGGACAAAGCCAGACGGAGGCGUUCAAUAUUGAAAUUGACAUCCAGCAGAGCAGAGAGGAGAUAGAGCCGGUGGUGUCAGUCAGCAGCAUCCAUGUGGAGGAAAACUCUGGAGUCGUCAUCACCAACUCGUCCCUCAGUGUCCACGAUCGGUUCACGCCAGAGAACGAGAUACUCUUCACCAUCAUCAGAAUGCCUUCAUACGGCAAACUUCGCAGACGGCAGUUCUACUCUCAGCCGCUGGAGAACGGCCGUGUGCUCACACAGGGCUCUGCCUUCACCUACCAGGACGUCCUGGACCGGCUGCUGGUCUACACACCUGAGACCGUCAGCGGGGGCGCAGAUGAAAUAGGCUUCUCCCUCACCAACGGAGUCUAUACACGCACAGGCCGUCUGGAGUUCACCAUGGACGUACGGAAGAACGAAGGACCCCGAAUGACUGUUAACAGAGGCCUGCAGCUCCCAGCAGGAUCUUUGUCAAAGAUCACAGAGCAGAACCUGAAGGGUACAGACAUUGACUCAGACGACCUGAAGCUCAGGUAUGUCCUGACCAGAGACCUGCCAGCCGGCAAACUCCAGCUUAGCAAGAGCGGACACGUAGAGAAGGUCUCUGUCAAGGGUCCUGCUCAGAGCUUCACUCAGGAAGACGUCAACAAAGGCCUGCUGCAGUACAGCCACGAGAAAGGCGAGAAGGGAGGCAGCCUGUUUUUCAAGUUCAACCUAGUCGAUCCAGAGGGCAACAAACUCAUUGACCAGUCCUUCUUCAUCAGUGUGCUCGAGGACCAUCUUCCUCCCUCUGUGGUCGCGAACAAAGGCCUGGUGCUGGAUGAAAACUCCAUGAAGAAGCUGACUACGCUGCAGCUGUCGGCCAGUGACCAGGACAGUGAGCCAAGCGAGCUCAUCUACCGCAUCACCAAACAGACGAGCCUGGGUCACCUGGAGCACGCUGCCAAUCCAGGCACCAGAAUCGGCACAUUUACCCAGGCUGAUCUGGUGUCGCGCAGCAUCCAGUACGUCCACACCAGUGAAGAAGAGAAACACGCCGACCAGUUCUCCUUCACCGUGUCCGAUGGGACAAAUGAGGUUGCCCAGACCUUCUACAUCACCAUCAAGCCGGUAGAUGACUCCCUGCCUCUGCUCCAGGUUCCUGGCAUGAGGGUUCAGGAGGGUGUGAGGAAGACCAUCACCGAGUUUGAGCUGAAGGCCACCGAUGCAGACACAGAGGCAGAGUCCAUCGUCUUUACCAUCGUCCAGGCUCCUCGUCAUGGCACCAUCGAGCGCACGAUCAACGGCCAACACUACCGACAGACAACCAGCUUCACUAUGGAUGACGUCUACCAGAACCGCAUUAGCUACAACCACGACGGCUCCAAUUCACUCAAGGACCGCUUCACCUUCACCGUGGCCGACGGCACCAACCUACUCUUCAUGGUGGAGGAGGGUGGCAAGGAGAUCGUGACAGCUGCUCCCCAGAAGUUCAAGAUUGACAUCCUGCCAGUUGACGAUGGCACACCGCGUAUCGUCACCAACCUGGGCUUGCAGUGGCUGGAAUACAUGGACAACAAGGCCACCAACCUGAUCACCAAGAAGGAGCUGCUGACCAUGGACCCAGAUACAGAUGAUGGACAGCUGGUUUAUGAAAUCAUUACCGAGCCAAAACACGGAUUCCUGGAGAGCAAGCUCAAACCCGGCAACCCCAUCACCACAUUCACACAAGCCGAUAUCAAUCUUGGUCUGAUCCGCUACGUGCUGCAUCAGGAGAACGUUCAGGAAACGAUGGACACCUUCAAGUUCCUGGUCAAAGACAGCAAACCAAACGUGGUCAGUGACAACGUCUUCCACAUCCAGUGGUCCCUCAUCAGCUUUGAGCACAAAAGCUACAAUGUGAGUGAGAAGGCUGGUACAGUGGCAGUGACAGUGAAGCGAACAGGAAACCUGAACCAGUACGCCGUCGUGCUGUGCCGCACCGAGCAGGGCAGCGCCACCUCCACCAGCAGCGACGGAUCGCAUCCAGGCCAGCAGGACUAUGUGGAAUAUGCUGGGCAGGUACAGUUUGAUGAGCGUGAGGAAAUCAAGCUGUGCACCAUAGUGAUUAAUGAUGACAAGGUUUUUGAGGGAGCCGAGAGCUUCCACGUGGAGCUGAGCAUGCCUGUGUAUGCACUGCUGGGCGGAAACACGCGCGCCAUUGUCAACAUCAAUGACACAGAGGAUGAACCGACUUUGCAGUUUGAUAAGAAGACCUACCACGUCAACGAGAGCACCGGCUUGAUCCAUGCUCCUAUUGAGAGAAAAGGUGACACUUCCAGCACCGUGUCAGCUCUCUGCUACACCGUGGCCAAGUCGGCUCAGGGCAGCAGCCUCCGUGCUCUGGAGUCUGGAUCCGACUACAAGAGCCGCGGUAUGACCAGUGACAACCGCGUCAUCUUCGGCCCUGGGGUCAGCAUGUCCACUUGCGACAUUAAGCUCAUUGAUGACAGUGAAUAUGAGCUGUCUGAGGAAUUUGAGCUGGUGCUGGCAGAUGCCUCUGAUAACGCCCGUAUAGGGGACGUGACGGUGGCCAAGGUUGUCAUCGAUGGACCCAACGAUGCAUCGACUGUCUCUCUUGCAAACGCCUCCUUUACUUUCAGUGAAGAUGCAGGCACUAUUGAAAUACCAGUGCUGCGCCACGGCAGUGAUCUGUCCUCUGUGACGUCGGUGUGGUGCGCCACCCGACCUUCAGAGCCUCUCUCAGCCAGCCCCGGGGUCGACUACAUCCCCAGCUCCAAGAAAGUGGAGUUUAAACCUGGAAAAACUGAGGAGACCUGCAGUUUGACCAUCAUGGACGACAUCCAGAAUCCAUCUAUUGAAGGAUCCGAGACCUUUGUGGUCUUCAUCAGUUCGCCUCAGGGUGCUGUCCUCCAAGAGCCUUAUGAAGCCAACGUCAUCAUCACCGACACCUUCCAGGACAUUCCCAGCAUGCAGUUUGAGAAGAGCACCUACACUGUGAAAGAGAGAGACAGCGUCCUCCACAUCCCCAUCAUCCGCACAGGUGACCUGUCCUUCAAGUCGUCGGUGCGCUGUUUUACCCGAACCAUGUCUGCCAUGGUGAUGGACGACUUUGAGGAAAGGAGGAACGCUGACGAAUCACGCAUCACUUUCCUCAAAGGAGAGAAGGUGAAGAACUGCACUAUUCACAUCAAUGAUGACUCUGUAUUCGAGCCUGAGGAGGAGUUCCAGGUGCAUCUUGGGACGCCACUGGGUGACCACUGGAGCGGCGCCAUGGUGGGCGCUAGUGACAUCGUCACCAUCACCAUCACCAAUGAUGAAGAUGCUCCCACCAUCGAGUUCGAGCAGGGGGCCUAUCAGGUCAGAGAGCCUCCUGGUCCUGAUGGCAUUGAGGUGCUCAACAUUAAGGUGAUCCGCCGAGGUGAUCUGGACCGGACCUCCAAGAUCCGUUGCAGCACCCGGGAUGGAUCGGCCCAGUCUGGAGUGGACUACAAUCCCAACAGCCGAGUGCUCAAGUUCAUCCCCGGAAUGGACCAUAUCCUGUUCAAAGUGGAGAUUCUGUCUAAUGAGGACAGGGAGUGGCAUGAGUCCUUCUCAUUGGUUCUCGGCCCUGACGACCCUGUAGAGGCGGUACUUGGGGAGAUCACUAUGGCAACAGUGACCAUUCUGGACCAGGAGGCUGCAGGCAGCCUCAUCCUUCCUGCACCACCUAUUGUGGUCUCUCUUGCUGACUAUGACCACGUCCAGGAGGUGACCAAGGAAGGCAGUAAGAAAACGCCCUCUCCAGGUUACCCCCUGGUGUGUGUCACCCCCUGUGAUCCCCACUACCCCAAGUUCUCUGUGAUGAAGGAGCGCUGUGAGGAGGCAGGGAUCAACCAGACCAAAGUUCACUUCUCCUGGGAAGUGGCGGCACCCACCGACACCAGCGGUGCCCGGUCCCCCUUCGAGACGGUCACAGACACCACCCCGUAUACCAGCAUCAACCAUAUGGUCCUGGACAGUAUUUAUUUCAGUCGUCGCUUCCACAUUCGCUGUGUGGCUCAGGCCAGGGAUAAAGCUGGUCACCUUGGAACGCCACUGAGGAGCAACAUUGCCACCAUUGGCACAGAGGGCUCCAUCUGCCACACACCUGUUACCACGGGAACCGCCAGAGGCUUCCAGGCUCAGUCUUUCAUCGCCACCCUCAAGUAUCUGGACGUCAAGCACAAGGAGCACCCCAACCGGAUCCACAUCUCAGUGCAGAUCCCCCAUCAGGAUGGCAUGCUCCCCCUGGUGUCCACUAUGCCUCUGCACAACCUGCACUUCCUGCUGUCGGAGUCAAUCUAUAGGCAGCAGCAUGUCUGCUCCAACCUGGUCACCCUCAAAGACCUGGAGGGCCUUUCUGAGGCGGGUUUUCUGGAUGAUGUAUCCUAUGACAGCAUCUCUCUGGGACCGGGUUAUGACCGCCCUUACCAGUUCAACCCCAAUGUCCGGGAGGCCAAGAGCAUCCAGCUCUACAAGCACCUCAACCUCAAGAGCUGCAUCUGGACCUUUGACGCAUACUACGACAUGACCGAGCUCAUUGACGUGUGCGGGGGCUCCGUCACCGCCGAUUUCCAGGUUCGGGACUCGGCUCAGUCCUUCCUGACGGUGCAGGUUCCCCUCUACGUGUCCUACAUCUACGUGACAGCACCAAGAGGCUGGGCUUCUCUGGAGCAUCACACCGAGAUGGAGUUCUCUUUCUUCUAUGACACCGUACUCUGGAGGACAGGUAUCCAGACCGACAGUGUCCUCUCAGCCAGACUGCAGAUCAUCAGGAUUUACAUCAGAGAAGACGGGCGACUGGUGAUUGAGUUCAAAACCCACGCCAAGUUCAGAGGUCAGUUUGUCCUCGAACAUCACACUCUGCCUGGACACAAGUCCCGCCUGAUGGCUCCCGACCACCUCGGUGGUGUGGAGUUUGACAUGCAGCUGCUGUGGAGCGCCCAGACCUUCGACUCACCGUACCAGCUGUGGAGGGCCACCAGCUCCUACAGCAGGAAGGACUACUCUGGAGAGUACACAGUGUUUUUGAUCCCCUGCACUGUGCAGCCCACUCAGCCCUGGAUCGACCCCGGGGACAAGGCCCUGUCCUGUACCGCUCACGCUCCAGAGAAGUUCCUUGUACCGAUCGCCUUCCAGCAGACCAAUCGGCCCGUGCCUGUGGUUUACUCUCUCAACACGGAGUUCCAGCUGUGCAACAAUGAGAAGGUGUUCAUGAUGGACCCGGCAACGGCUGAUGUCUCCAUGGCUGAGAUGGACUACAAGGGAGCGUUCUCCAUGGGCCAGACUCUGUAUGGCCGGGUGUUGUGGAACCCAGAGCAGAACCUGAACGCAGCCUACAGACUGCAGCUGGAGAAGGUUUACCUCUGCACCGGCAGGGACGGAUACGUCCCCUUCUUUGACCCAACAGGGACGCUGUACAAUGAGGGGCCGCAGUACGGCUGCAUCCAACCAAACAAACACCUCAAACACCGCUUUCUCCUGCUGGAUCGUAAACAGCUGGACGUCUGUGACAGAUUCUUUCACGAUGUUCCCUUUGAGGCUCAUUUUGCCUCCGACAUCCCGGAGCUGCAGUCUAUGACAGCCAUGCCGGGUGUCGACGGCUUUACAAUGAAGGUUGAUGCUCUCUACAAGGUGGAGGCAGGGCACCAAUGGUACCUACAGGUGAUUUACGUGAUCGGCCCAGAGACACGGACCAGCCCCAGGAUUCAGCGCUCGCUCACUUACCAGCUGAGCCGCCCCAAACGGGACCUGGUGGAUCGCAGCGGGCGCCUGACACUGGACGAGUCGCUCAUCUAUGACAACGAGGGCGACCAGGUGAAGAACGGCACCAACAUGAAGUCGCUCCGCCUGGAGGCCGGGCCUUCCGCCACCUUUAACGCCCACAUAGGCAGCUCAGUGGGCGGGGGCGUGGCUGCCGUCACCCUGCUGGUCCUGGUUCUGCUAGCGUCCUGCUUGCUGUUCCGCCGCUGCCGACGGUCGGCCAAGAAGAGGAGCAAGAAGACUCUGAAAGUCUACGAGGAGUAUCCACUUAACACUAAGGUGGAAGUGUGCAUGGACAAGUGUGUGGAGAAGAACUUUAGCACCAAGCACUGCACAGUAAGGAACAUCAACAUCCUCAACCGCAACCAGGAGGCCAACAGCAAGGCCAAGGUCAAACAGGUCAACCUGGAGAUCAAGCUCCACAACAACCUCAAUGACGGCACUGAGGUCUGAAACACUGACGAGGAGGAGGAGGAAUUCGAAUUUGAAAAAGGUAUUUUUUAAAAGAAAGUUUGUAGCUAAGGAACAAAAUGUUUAUUAACGUAUUUUUAUACCACUUUGAAAAAGGGAAGAGUAACGUGCAGAUGGCAACACAGCAUUUUAAUCAUUUCACAACUGAGCUACCUCAGGAAUCCACCAACCACUCCUCUGCGUCCAAUCACCCACACUCCACCUGGAACCACUGUCCAUGACGUGAACAUCCUUCUUAGCGCCAAAAUGGUGACUGGUAGCUCAUACACUGGUGAUUGUCUCUUCUGUGCUGCAUCGAGUCAUUUCACUGCUACUAAGUGUCACUACUGUGUUGUGGCAGCCGCUGUAGAAGACCUGCCCUCAGCUGGCAGUCACUGUUUCUGCAGGUGAAUGAAAACCUCUGACUAAACAGAACAGAACAGAACUACAUUUUGCUGUGGAGCGACUUCUACAUCGGCUGCAGCUGCUUCUGACUGUGUAAAAGUAUUACUCACUUUCGGUGUGCUGCUGUCGCCUGAGGCUGAAUGAGUGCAGUGUAAAUAAUAACAAAAAUUAAUGACACCAAGUGCAAUUAUGCCAUAACCUUUGUUAAUCUUUCCCAUGUGAGCAGUAAAUCAUUUGCAUUUUAAGAAAAUGUGUAUUUCACGCCUUACUAAGAGAUGAACUGUCACGUUGAGCAAAUGAUAACUUCUGGUUUCAACACAGUCUUCUUGUGUUCAUUCUGUUCUCUGACAGCUGCGAACAUUAAGUGCCAUGCAGUAUUUUUUUUCAGUGUUCUCCUUUUCCCAAGAGUGAGAAAAUGGAUAUUUCCAUGCCACUGUUUGGACAGCAAACGUUUCGAUCCCGUCCACGCCACAGAGCGCUUUAGCCUUACUACUGCUCUAAAUUAGUCACUUUUAAAAACUAUGUAUUUUAUAAGAGACAUGUGUCUACUUGCCUUCACUUCACCAAAAGACACAGUCCUUCACUUUUUAUUUACACCCACUCAAGUCCCACUCAGAUGUUUUUAAAGUAUUACUGUUAGUCUCUCCUGAUGUAUUAUGUUACACCCAACUACUGAUGUACCCCCCCAUGUUACUGUAAUAUUUUUGUGACACUGAUUGGAGAGCACUGCAAAAGAAAAGACGCUGAAGCGUCUUUCUCACCAUCUAAUCCCACCUCUUCCUUCAAAUGUGUGCCUAUCAAACACAAUGGGAACUGGGAAUUCUGGGAAAUAACAUUAUAUUUUUGGUGCUAUCAUUUUGUGGAAAAUAACUACGAAGCUAUCAAUAUGAUGCCUGU